AUGAGUUAUCACGCUACCAAAGUUGCCAAAACUACCAUCGGGCAGGCUGCUAAAGUCCAAAAACUUGAAAACGACAGUCAAAGUACGAACAAGUCGUUUGUACUCAAGCUCACCGCUGAGUGCCAAAAAGCGAUUGAGAGAGCCAUUCAAAUGGGCUGGCCUGUAAGAAUGGUGUCGACAAAAACUGUAAGUUACUUGUGUUAUUUAUUAUCUAGAGAUUGCUGACUUUUAAAAUUUUUAUAUGAAUUCUUUUUACUACCCAUAGCACCCAUAAAACAUUUUAGCUUGUGCUUUUGAGUUUUAAAUUAUAAAUAUUUAAGUUUCCCGUCAAUUUGGCAUUUUGUUUCAAGUAUUUCUUCAAUUUUCCAGACAAGCUACGCUUAAAAACUUACAAAUUUAAGUUCAUUUAAAAGUUUGUUAUUAGUACACAAAGGAAAACUAAUUAAAAGUUAAAAAAUGACAUAAAAAUAAGCUUGAAACACAAUGCCAAUUUGGCGGGAAAUUCAAAAUUCAAAAAUUUGUUUUUUGAUCUUGAUUUUCUUGACAUUGAUUGGAAAACGCAGUUCAGUACUUUGCUAAAGAUCUUAUAUUUACAUGACCUUUCUUUAAAAAAAGUUUGAAGCUAGUCAAAGGCAAGCAUCUUCUUAUAUAAAACAUAACAAAUCUAUUAUUAUACCUUUUCAGGAAGUUAAAGUUGAAGUUGGUAUCAGCGACACUUCAGUUGCCACAUUUACGUGUAAUCAACAACGUUUGAAUGGCGAUAUUGAUGCUGUUAGUCAAGGACAGUCAUUGAAGAAAGUUUCUCCACUAAAUACAAAGCUUGUUAUCAACGCUACCAACAACUCAUUUGCCGCUGCACAACAAAAAGUAGUCAAGAUGGCAGAGUUACAGUCUCAGAAGCAAACCAAAAAUAAAGAUACUAAAAUAUCUGACAGUAGCAGGAAAAGAUCAGCAGAGACAUCAAGCCGCAAUAAAAACGAUUUCGCUACACCAAUAAGACCAGCGUCAAAGAAAACGAAGAAGUCUGACAUGGCAGAUACGAAAACAAGCAGUAAAGUUAAAGGAAAGUUGAUGCCAAGGUCCAAGAAGGAGUAG